AUGGAAGACCAUAAGGGGCAGAAAGAAGUAAAAUAUCGUGGCAUUCGCAGGAGGCCGUGGGGGAAAUACGCGGCUGAAAUACGCGAUCCUAGCAGAAAUGGCGCGCGUUUGUGGCUAGGUACGUUCGAGACGGCAGAAGAGGCUGCAAGGGCCUAUGAUAGAGCUGCAUAUGCUUUGAGGGGUCAUCAAGCAAUUCUCAACUUUCCAAACGAUGACCAUUAUAGAAGUGCAGGCCUGCCUCCAUCUAUUAGUUAUUCAUCGUCUUCUACAUCUUCAUCUUCGUCUUCAUCAGCUCCUCCUAGUGAUAGGAAUUUAGCAGUGGAGGGAUCGUCGAAAGGGCACGAUGAACAGGUAAUCGAGUUUGAAUAUUUGGAUAAUAAGCUGCUGGAAGAUCUUCUUGAGAGACACAAGUGA